AUGAAAGAUACUUCUGCGCUUCUAAAAGAGUUUAACAUAGAGGCAGAAAUAUGCGACAAAGAGCAGCCAGAUUCAACAGAAAAGAAAGCCAAGGAAGUUGACCCAUACGAUAUAGUAGAGGCCCUUUUAGACCAAAUUGACAUAAAUGACAUAGAAACAAGCAGAAUUGUGCUUGUAAACCAAAUAAACGAGUCUUUACUGGAGAGGGAUCAUCUGGUGAGAAAUAAUUUCACAACGUACAUAAAGUGCAGAAAGGCACUAGAGUCCAUGGAGGCAUCGAAUUUGUGCAAAAGUACAUUGAAGAACCUGGACAUGCAAAGCAUAAACUCAAUUGAAGUCCUCUUAGAGCCGAUUAUUCUGGAGAACAAAGAGAUUCACUUGAGGGAGCAGCAGAAUAAAUUCAUGCUAAGCAAUAGUCUUCUGUUCAAUGCAGAGUUCAUUCUCUUGGAGUACUUGAAAAUCAAUGACUUUGACUCAUUCCUGACAGACUACAAGAUGAUCAAGGCAGAAGUGGAGAAAUUCAAGGACUCUAGGUUUGUGUCAUAUCUUUUCUCAAAGGUUGUGCCAAUUCUGGCACGCUUCAAGAUUGAAGUGAUCAGAAGAAUUGAAACCUGCAAAAGCAUCUCUGAGUCACUGCAUUACUUCAGGAUAUAUACGCAAGUAGAUUCAGAAAGCUACCACAAGGCAUUUGCCACGCUCCUUACAAUUGCCAAGACAGAAAUUGGCGAAAGACAAAUUCACCCAGGAGGAACACUCUUUUCAAAGCUAAGAAACAUAAAGGGCUUUGUCGCAGACCAAACAGAAAGCAUACUCUACAUGAUAGAUGCCAUGAAGGCAGUGGACAUGGUUACGUGGCAGGCCAAGGAAAUGUCUGAUUUUGUGGUAAGUGCAGCAGACGCAUAUGCAGCAAGCAUAAAAAGAGGUCUCCUGGACUUCUUAAAGGAAGACACAAGUGAAGCAGAAAAAGCAUCCCUGGAAUUAAAAGAAAAGCUGUCAAUUAUACAUGAAAUAUCCCAAUUAAUAGAGGCAGUUACAACAAAAAUGGCUGCAGAAGGCAUAGAAGAUGCAGCUGCCAUGCCAAGUAUAAAUGAAAUAUUCUCUCUUCUAAUAAAAAUACUUUGGAGAGGCGCAGAGAAAGAGUCGGUCCAAAGUAUUUCAGGACUAAUCCGAGACACACAGAAAAUAUUCGGAUUAAAAGAGCAUAUCUCAAAGGAAAUCAAGGAGUUCCUGAUUAAACCUCUUUCCAGGUCAGGGAAUAUCACAUUCCAGGAAUGGAUUGAGGCACUUGCAAAGGUGACCGUGGAAAUAUUCCCAAAAGUGGAGAAUUUCCUGUCAGAAGCAGAAAAGCAAGAAAUACUUGAUAAAGUAUCUGGAAUAGAAGAGAAAAUAAGGGAAAUAGGUGCAUCACAUCUGGAGUCCCAGCUAGAAGAAGCUGCAUCUGAUGAAGAACUCCUUAUGGCUCUUGUAAAAGUGAAAGUAUUAUUCUCAAAGAAUGGCUUGCACAAUAACCCAAAUGAAUAUGAAAUAAUAAGUGAAGCAGUUAAUAGAAUAGACCUAACAACAGACCUAACAAAAUACGUCUUAAGGAAGUACAUUAAAGAUGAAUCUGUGCAAAGGUUCAUUAAAAACUCAAUCCCAACCCACGCAAGGUGCAAGAAGCAGUUCUUAAUCCUAAUGGAGUGA